AUGGCAUUGCACAUGGUUCUUGUCGUGUUGAGCCUCCUGCCGCUGCUGGAAGCUCAGAACCCUGAACACGCCAACAUCACCAUAGGCACACCUAUCACCAAUGAGACCCUGACCUGGCUCUCCGGCAAAUGGUUUUUCGUGGGCGCGGCUUUCCGAAACCCAGAGUACAAGCAGGCAACUCAAACGACGGAGACUGAAUUUUUUUACCUUACCCCCAACUUGACAAACGACACGAUAGAGCUUCAGGAGUCUCUGACCAUAGAUGACCAGUGUGUCUAUAACUCCACCCAUCUGGGAUUCCAGAGAGAGAAUGGGACCCUCUCCAAGUAUGUAGGAGGAGUACAAAUCUUUGCCCACUUGAUAGUGCUGAAGAAACAUGGGGCUUUCAUGCUUGCCUUUGACCUGAAGGAUGAGAAGAAACGGGGGCUGUCCCUCUACACUAAAAAGCCAGAUGUUCCUCCGGAGCUUCGGGAAGUAUUCCAGAAGGCUGUCAAACAUGUGGGCAUGGAUGAAUCAGAAAUCAUAUUUGUUGACUUGAAAAAGGAUAAGUGCAGUCAGCCGCAGAAGCAGCAGCUUGAGCUGGAGAAGGAGAGCAAGAAGGGUCCUUAGGAAGGCCAGGCAUAGGCUCAGCUCUCUGGACUCCGUGGGCAGUCCACAUGCCCACCCCACCCC